CUUCUUCUUCUUCUUCUUUUUCUUCUUCUGUUUGUGGCUUACUUCAAUAGUUAGAAUUACCUCUAUGGUAGGAUUAAAGACAAGAAGAAACAAUUGAUUAUAAAUGUUCAUACAUGGCAAAAAUCUUAUAUAUUACUCAUUUUACCAACUAACUAUAUUAGCCUUUUUUAAUUUAGAUCAAAACUACUGUUUAAUUGAAUUUUAAUUUUUUUUUUCAGUUAAAAACAUCUCAAUUAAGUAAUAACAAAAUGACAAAUAAAGUUAUACUAUUUAUUUUUAUUGAAAUAUUUACAAACUUUUGGGCUUCGGUAUUUACUAUGAGUAUCAGUGACUCAAUCAACAAGUGCGCUGAAUUUAGACAGAGAUGCAAUCCAAAUUCUCAACAACCUUGCUGUAAACCAAACGAAGUAUGCGUGAACAAAGUUCGGGAUCAACUUGAUACUUUUAACUUUAUAUGUCUUAAAAAAGGUGUGUUGGACAAUUCUUGUAAAAGAUCGCUGGACUGCGAAGCAAUAAUCGGAGCAAAAUGCUCGGAAAAUGGACACUGUGUAUGCAAGAAACAAACUGCGGAGUACAAUGAAACAAUUUGCUUACAUUAUUCAUCAACUAACCUCCUAAUUGGUGAACUUAUGGACAAUUACUAUUAUUUUAAUGAAGUAUAUUAUUUGAAAAAUAAUUAUUCAUCCAAAACUGGGUGUCAAAGAGUAUCAAACACCAAUUAUGGCGAAUCUUGUAGUACUGAUCUACAAUGCUUGGAAAAGAAUCAUAAGAAUCUUAAAUGCAUCAAUCGAGAAUGUAGAUGUCCUAAUGGUACCCAAUUUAUUUUGGACUUAUUGGCUUGUAAAAGUAGCUUGCGUGGUGUCGGUAAAUCAUGUUUAUUCAACAGAAAGUGUUUAGUUGAAAAUUCAUACUGUAAUCGCUUUGGAAUUUGUAAAUGUAAAAACAAUUAUUAUUACACUGCUGCGGAUAAAUGUGAACUAUUAAAUUCGAGAUACAACUGCAGUAAAAACAAUGCGAAUUCACUUACAGAUAACAAGACUUUUUAUAAACCAGCGCAAAAACCAAAUGAUCCGUGUUUCAGUAAUACGGAUUGUAAGAACGUCAAAUAUACUUCCUGUCAAUCGAAGGUCUGUAAAUGUUUGAAAAAUUUUUAUGUAUCUGAAAGAACUGGAAAUUGCACGCGUUAUGCAAAACAACCUAACGAUUGGUGCAUUGAAGAGAAAGGUUGUUGGAGAGUCGACAAUUCUAAAUGCAAAUUGGGAAAAUGUCAAUGCAAGGACAAUUUUCCUUUUAAUCCAUCCACGAAAAAAUGCGAACUAAUUUUAAGUAGAAAGUGUUCACAAAAUUCAGAUUGUGAUGAAUUGAAAAAUAUCAUUUGUAGCAAAAGAAAAUGCGUUUGCAAUGUAAAUUAUUUUGAGAAAAAUGGCACUUGUAUCGUGGGUAUUAAUGGAUUUUGUAACGAACUUGAGGAAUGUUUUGUGGAACAUACAAUAUGCGAAGAUAACAAAUGUCAAUGUACAACAAAUUUUUAUGCGUCAAAAAAUGAAUCUUUUUGUAUUCCAAAAGCUAAGUCUUUAUAUGAUUACUGCGAAAACGAUGAGGGCUGCCAAGCAUUAGCCAAUGCAGUAUGUUUCGACAACAAGUGCAAAUGCAUAUCAACAUUCAUUGAUAAAGAAGGAAAAUGUAGGCCGUUGGAUUAUUGCGGAACAAAAAGCGACUGUAAGAAACCAAAAUAUUCAAUUUGCAGAAAUCACAAGUGUGUUUGUUCACCAAAUAAAUAUUUAUCAUCGAACAAUGCCAAAUGUAUCAGCUACGCUAAAAGUAUUGGAAGCUCGUGCGAAAACGACAAAAGAUGCGAGCGUUUGAAAAACACAAAAUGCAAUGAAGAAAAAAAGUGUGCUUGCAUUGAAGAUUAUUAUGAGAUUGACAAUCAAUGUAAAGGAUUAAUCGAUGCUAAAUGUUCAGAAAAUUCUGACUGCGCAGACAAUAAUUCUAUGUGCGAAUUUAAUAAAUGUCAAUGUUUACAAAAUUUUUAUUCGCCGGCGGACAAAAAAGAAUGCAGAAAAUAUGCAGAUCAUGUAAACGAACCUUGUGAAGAAAAUGACGACUGCAUUAAAGUCAAAAAUUCAAAAUGUUCUGAACACGAUAAAUGCGUUUGCAAAAGAGAUUAUUUUGAAAAAGAAGGCGAAUGUAAAGCUUUACUUGGUGUAAAUUGUACAAACGAUUCAGAGUGUGGAUCCAAUAAUGCUCAAUGUGAAUCUAGUAGGUGUGUUUGUUCUGCUGGGUUUUUUCCAUCUCCGAAUAAAGAAGAAUGUAUCAAAUAUGCAACUAACUUGAAUGAUUAUUGUGAGUCCAACAAUUAUUGCAAAAAUAUCAAGUACACAUAUUGCAUGGACAAUAAAUGCGUAUGCGUGUCAAACUAUAUUGAAAUGGACGAAAAAUGUAAAGGACUUUUUGGUGAAAGUUGUUUAGAAGAUACAGAUUGCAUUGUUAAUAACUCAAAAUGUGAAGAAAAUAUCUGCCAAUGCCCUGCUGAUUAUUAUGUAUCUGAAAAUAAAGACAGAUGUUACCGAUACGCCGAAGAACUGACUAGUUUUUGUGAAAGUAAUAUUGGUUGUAAAAAUCUAAAGUUUACAGUGUGUUCCAAAAAUAAGCAGUGUGUAUGUUUGCCUAACUACGUAGCCAUAGGAGGAAUCUGUCGAGGAUUAAUUGGUUCCAAUUGUUCUGAAGAUGAAGAUUGUGCGAUUGACAAAUCGAUUUGUAAAUCUGAGAUUUGUCAAUGCGGUGAUAGUUUUCAUUUAUCUAAAAAUAAAGAUAAAUGCUAUCCUUAUGCUGGAGAAAUUGAUAGUUUUUGUGAAAGCAGUAUUGGUUGCAGAGAUCUGAAUUACACAUUAUGUUCUGAGAAUAACAUAUGCGCAUGUUUGGAAAAUUAUACUGUCGUUGAUGGACAUUGUCGUGGAUUAAUUGAGGCGAAAUGUUUUAAUGAUUUGGAUUGUGCUGUAGAGAAUUCUGUUUGCAAAGCAGGCAUAUGUCAGUGUCCUACUUAUUUUUAUCUUUCAACGAAUAAAACAAAAUGCUAUCCGUACGCUAGAGAACUUGGCGGUUUUUGCGAAAGCAAUAUUGGUUGCAGAGAUCUAAAAUAUACAGAUUGCCUUGGAAAAAACCAGUGUGAUUGUUUGCCUAACUACACAGUGAUAGAAGGACAUUGCAAAGCUUUAAUUGGUUCAAAUUGUUCUGAAGAUUUUGACUGCGUAAUAAAGAGAUCAGUUUGCAAAUUGAAUAUUUGUCAAUGUUCUGAUGAUGAAUAUCUGUCUGCUAACAGAGAGAGAUGUUAUCCAUACGCUAAAAAUUUGAAUGAUUUCUGUGAAGACAAUGCUGGAUGUCGUGAUCUCAAGUACAGUCAAUGCGUGGAAAAUAACAAAUGUGUAUGUAUGGAUCACUAUAUAGAAGUAGAUGGUUAUUGUCGCGGACUGAUUGAGACAAAUUGCUCGAAUAAUUCUGAUUGCGCAGUAGAUCAUUCAUAUUGCGACGAAUCUGAUACUUGCCGAUGUUUCGAUAACUUUUAUCAAUCUGAGAACAGAGGAGAAUGUUAUUCACUGGCGCAAAAAAUCGGUGAUUUUUGUGAAACUAAUAUUGGAUGUCGAGAACUUGAAUUCACUGACUGUUUCGAAAACAAGUGCGUUUGUUUGUCAAACUACACUGAAGUGGAUGAUCGUUGUCAAGGAGUUAUAAAUGCAAAGUGCUUUAAAAAUUCAGACUGUGCAACAAAAAACUCUGUUUGUGAAGCUAACACUUGUCGUUGCUCCGUUGGUUUUUACCUUUCUACAGACAGAACUCAAUGUCAUCCGUUGGCUAAACAAAUCAAUGACUUUUGUGAAACCGAAUUUGGUUGUCGUAAUCUCCAAUUUACGAAUUGUUCAAUAAAUAAAAAAUGUGUGUGUCUACAAAAUUAUACUAAAAUAGAUGAUAGUUGCCGUGGAUUCAUACAUGCAAAUUGUUUUGAUGCUUCUGAUUGCGCAGCUGAAAAUUCUAUUUGUAAGUCAAACACUUGUCAAUGUCCUGAUGAUUUUUAUCUUUCUGCCAAUGAAAGAAAGUGUCAUCCAUUCGCAAAAGAAAUAAAUGACUUCUGCGAAACUGAUCUUGCUUGUCAUGAUCUGAAAUUCACAUUUUGCUCCACGCUCAACAAAUGUACUUGCUUGCCGACUCACAUUGUCAUAAACGGGCAUUGCCGUGGCCUUAUAAAUGCAAAAUGCUUCAAAUACUCAGAUUGCGUAACAGAAAAUUCAAUCUGUGAGUCAAGUACCUGUCAAUGCUCCGAUGAUUUCUAUCUUUCCUCAGAUGAGAAACGAUGUUACCAAUUCGCUAAGCAUGUCAAUGACUUUUGUGAGACUCAUAUCGGCUGUCAUGAUCUUAAAUUCACGUCUUGCUCUCAAAACAAUAAGUGUACUUGUUUAUCAACUCACUUAGAAAUAAACGGGCAUUGUCGAGGUGCGAUGAAUUCUCCAUGUUUUGAAAAUGAUGAUUGUGCAGCAAUUAACGCCAUUUGUGAUAAAUCGAAAACUUGCCAGUGUCCUCCUGAGCUUUAUCGUUCAACAACCGAAUUGGAGUGUUACCCGUUCGCCAACAGGUACAACGACUUUUGUGAAAUUGACAUAGGUUGUCGUAAUCUGAAAUAUACUCACUGCUCUGAAGACUAUCGAUGUAUUUGUUCACAAAACUACACCGAAAUCGACGGCCGUUGCAGUGGUUUAAUCAAGGCUUCAUGUUCUGAAGAUCCUGACUGUGCAAUUGCUAAUUCAAUUUGUAGUGAAUCGAACACUUGUCAAUGCCUCAAUGAUUUCUACUUAUCUUCAAGCAAAGAAACUUGCAUUCAUUAUGCUGAAAGAAUUCAUGAUUUUUGUGAAAAUAAUAGCAGCUGCCGUAAUGUGCCGUUUACUUAUUGCUCAGUAAACAACAAAUGCGCUUGCUUACCAAAAUAUAUUCAAAUAGACGAUAAUUGCCGCGCUCCUAUCAAUGAAUCUUGCUUAAAUAAUUCACAAUGCUCAACUGAAAAUUCGAUUUGUGAGUCAAAUAUCUGCCAAUGCGGUGUCGAUUUUUACUUGUCUGCAAACCAAGACAAAUGUCAUCCUUACGCUCAACAACUCGAAAACUCAUGUGAGACUGAUCUAAGUUGUCGGAAUCUCAAGUACACUUACUGCUCGGAACAUAGAUGUGUUUGUUCAAAAAAUUACAUUGUAGUUAAUGGACACUGUCGUGGACUCAUCAGUGCGAAAUGUUCCGAUGAUUCAGACUGCGUAGUAGGCUAUUCGUACUGCGAUGAAUCGAGUACUUGUCAGUGUCCUGCUGACCAUUACCUGUCGGUGGAGGGAGACAAGUGUUAUCCGUAUGCCAAACAACUUCAUGAUUUUUGUGAAAAUGAUGAUAGUUGCCACAAUCUCAACUUCACAACUUGCUUUGAGAAUAAAUGCAUUUGUCCAACAAACUAUACUGCAAUAGACGGAAAUUGUCGGGGAUUUAAUGGAGCUAAAUGUUAUGGAAGUUCAGAUUGCGUUGCUAGGAAUUCAAUCUGCCAAUCAAGUUUCUGCCAAUGUCCUCAAUAUUCUUAUCUAUCUGAGAACCAAAAAGAGUGCUAUCAAUAUGCGAAAUAUCUUCACGAUUUCUGUGAAAAUGAUAUUGGAUGCUAUAAUCUCAACUUCUCAACUUGCUUUGAGAAUAAAUGCAUUUGUCAAGCAAAUUAUACUGCAAUAGACGGAAAUUGUCGGGGAUUUAACGGUGCUGAAUGUUAUGGAAGUUCAGAUUGCGUUGCUAGGAAUUCAAUCUGCCAAUCAAGUUUCUGCCAAUGUCCGCAAGAUUCUUAUCUAUCUGAGAACCAAAAAGAGUGCUAUCAAUAUGCCAUAAACCUUUAUGAUUUCUGUGAAACUGAUGAGAGUUGUUAUAAUGUCAACUUCUCUCAUUGUUAUGAAGGAAAAUGCUCUUGUAUAAUAAAUUACGUAGAGAUAAAUGGAUCUUGUCUCGGACUGAUUGGCUCAAAAUGUUCUGAUUAUUCAGAAUGUGCAGCAGAACAUUCAAUAUGUGACCGAGAAGCAUGCCAAUGUUCUACCAAUUUUUAUCCAUCUGUAAACAAUGAAAAGUGUUAUAAAUAUGCUGAAAAAUUAGAUGACGUGUGCAAAAUGAAUGCUGGUUGUCGGAAUUUGAAUUUCACAUUCUGCUCUGAAGACUAUCAAUGUAUAUGUUCUGAAUCCUACAUUGUGAUUAAUGAAAGCUGUCGUGGGCUCAACGAAGCAAAGUGUAAUGAAAAUUUGGAUUGCGCUGCUAAGAAUUCGGUCUGUGAUCAGUCAAGCACUUGUCAGUGUCCUAUUGAUAGAUACUUAUCUGCGGACAGGAGAAAAUGUUACUCAUUUGCUCGACAAUUGAGUGACUUCUGUGAAAACGAUAAAGGCUGCCGUGAGUUGAACUUCACGAAGUGUUCUGAAAGUCAAAGAUGUUCUUGUGCUGAAGGUUAUUUAGAUAUAGAUGGACGCUGCAGGGGACUGAUAAGAGCAAAUUGUUUCGAGGAUUCAGAUUGUGCAGUGGAGAAAUCUAUUUGCCACUUAGGCAAUUGUCAGUGUCCAAACGAUUAUUACUUAUCUGAAAAUGGGAAUAAAUGUUAUUUAUACGCAAAACAACUCAAUACUUUUUGUGAAACCGACCUCAGCUGUCGUGACUUUGAAUAUUCAUACUGUUCUGAGAAUAACAUAUGCGCAUGUUUGGGAAAUUAUACUGUCGUUGACGGAUAUUGUCGUGGAUUAAUUGAGGCGAAAUGUUUUAAUGAUUUGGAUUGUGCUGUGAAGAAUUCUGUGUGCAAAGCAGGCUUAUGUCAAUGUCCUACUAAUUUUUAUCUUUCAACAAAUAAAACAAAAUGCUAUCCGUACGCUAGAGAACUUGGUGGUUUUUGCGAAAGCAAUAUUGGUUGCAGAGAUCUAAAAUAUACAGAUUGCCUUGGAAAAAACCAGUGUGAUUGUUUGCCUUACUACACAGUGAUAGAAGGACAUUGCAAAGCUUUAAUUGGUUCAAAUUGUUCUGAAGAUUUUGACUGCGUAGUAAAGGGAUCAGUUUGCAAAUUGAAUAUUUGUCAAUGUUCUGAUGAUGAAUAUCUGUCUGCUAACAGAGAGAGAUGUUAUCCAUACGCUAAAAAUUUGAAUGAUUUCUGUGAAGACAAUGCUGGAUGUCGUGAUCUCAAGUACAGUCAAUGCGUGGAAAAUAACAAAUGUGUCUGUAUGGAUCACUAUAUAGAAGUAGAUGGUUAUUGUCGUGGACUGAUUGAGACAAAUUGCUCGAAUAAUUCUGAUUGCGCAGUAGAUCAUUCAUAUUGCGACGAAUCUGAUACUUGCCGAUGUUUCGAUAACUUUUAUCAAUCUGAGAACAGAGGAGAAUGUUAUCCACUGGCGCAAAAAAUCGGUGAUUUUUGUGAAACUAAUAUUGGAUGUCGAGAACUUGAAUUCACUGACUGUUUCGAAAACAAGUGUAUUUGUUUGUCAAACUACACUGAAGUGGAUGAUCGUUGCCGAGGAGUUAUAAGUGCUAAGUGCUUUAAAAAUUCAGACUGCGCAACAAAAAACUCUGUUUGUGAAGCCAACACUUGUCGUUGCUCCGUUGGUUUUUACCUUUCUACAGACAAAAAUCAAUGUCAUCCGUUGGCUAAACAAAUCAAUGACUUUUGUGAAACCGAAUUUGGUUGUCGUGAUCUCCGAUUUACGAAUUGUUCAAUAGAUAAAAAAUGUGUGUGUCUACAAAAUUAUACUAAAAUAGAUGAUAGUUGCCGUGGAUUCAUACAUGCAAAUUGUUUUGAUGCUUCUGAUUGCGCAGCGGAAAAUUCUAUUUGUAAGUCAAAUACUUGUCAAUGUCCUGAUGAUUUUUAUCUUUCUGCCGAUGAAGGGAAGUGUCAUCCAUUCGCAAAAGAAAUGCACGAUUUCUGUGAUACGGAUCUAAGUUGCCGCGAUCUUAGAUUUACAUUCUGCUCAGAAAAUAACAAAUGCACCUGUUUACCAAACUACACAAUCGUGAAUGAUCAUUGUCGAGGUUUAAUUGGUUCCAAGUGUUUCAAUGAUUCAGAUUGCGCAUCAACUAAUUCAAUUUGUCACUCGAAUGAUUGUGAAUGCCGUACUGGCUUCUACGCAUCCCAAUCUAAGAUCAACUGUCAUCGAUAUGCUAAGCAAUUUGGCGCGUUUUGCGAAAAUGACAACGCUUGCCGCAAUAUUCCUUAUACCCACUGCUCUAAGGACAACAGAUGUGUGUGUAACACAAGUUAUGUUUUAAUCGACAAUCACUGUCAGGGUUUCAUAGGAGCAAACUGUUCCAAAGAUUCAGAUUGCGCCUUUGAAUACUCAUUUUGCGACAAGAACAUUUGUAAAUGUCACGAUGACUAUUACCUUUCCAUAAACGGACAAAGAUGUUAUGCCUAUGCUGAACGAAUCAACGAAUUCUGUGACUCUGACAUGGGCUGUCGCUAUUUAAACUACUCAUUCUGCUCAAAAAAUAACAACUGCGUUUGCGUAACAAAUUACACUCUAGUUGAUGAACUUUGUCGUGGCCUAAAUGGAGCUGAAUGUUCCAAAGAUCUUGAUUGUGCAUUGAAUAAUUCUGCAUGCAAAAACAGUACAUGUCAAUGUCUCCCUGAUUUUUAUUUAUCUGAAACCAAAGAAAAAUGCAAUCAGUAUGCAAAACAAUUGAAUGAUUUUUGCGAAACUGACGAUGCGUGUCGUAAUCUCAAGUUUACACAUUGCUUCAAAAAUAAAUGUACUUGCUUACCAAAUUAUGAAGCUACCAAUGGACAUUGUCGUGGAUUGGUAGGUUCCAAAUGUUCCGAGAUUUCUGAUUGCUCCUUGAAUUUUUCAAUAUGCAAAUUUAAUGAAUGUCAGUGUUCUGACGAGUUUUAUUUUUCACCAAACUCACAAAAAUGUAUUCCAUUUGCUAAAAACCUCAACGAUUUCUGUGAAACCGACGACAGUUGUCGUAACAUAAAAUUUACUUAUUGCAAUGAGAAUAAACAAUGUACCUGCUUGCCAAACUACAUUGGAGAAAAUGACUAUUGCCGUGGACUAAUUGACGAAAAUUGCAUUGAAGAUUCUGAUUGUGCUGUAGAAAAUUCAAUUUGCAGCUCAAAUGUUUGUCAGUGCUCAGUUGACCACUACCCAUCAACGAACAAAGAAAAUUGUUUCAAAUACGCUUCAAAUAUCGAUGACUACUGCGAAGACAAUGGAGGUUGUCGAAAAAUAAAACACUCUUUCUGCUCGGAUAACAAAAACUGUACCUGUUUUUCGCCGUACAAAGAAAAUGAAGGAAAAUGCCUGGGAAUUUUCAAUGCUAGUUGCUACGAUGAUUCAGAUUGUGACAGUUUUUAUCAAUGUUCCUCUAAUCGUUGCUUAUGCCGAGAUGGCUUCACUUUUGAUGAUUACUACAAGUGCAUUUCAGUGAACCGAUAUUUAGGAGAGUCUUGCAUUGAUAAUUAUUAUUGUCGGGGAAUUGAACAUUCAUCCUGCGAUUCAGACUUCCGAUGCACCUGCGCAACGAAUUACUUUAAUGUUGAUGGAAGUUGUCUUCAUUACAUGGGUACGUGUUGUUUAAAAGAUUCAAACUGUGGGAUAAAAAAUUCAGUGUGUGAAAGAUAUCAUUGCCAAUGCAAGAAAAACUAUUUUUUUCAUCCUUUUUAUCUCGAAUGUCAAAAAAAAUGAAUGAUAUAUUUCUUCUUUAAUAUUUUAAA